AUGAGCUUCCCGAACCCAUUGGCACUGCCGCUCCCUGUCCAUGUCCAACCUGCUGUGCCGCCGACUGCAGCCGAACAAAACCACCCUGCUUUACCCGACACCACCGAAAAUCAACAUGCACCUUACCUUGCGGAUCCGGAAAAGGUGCCCCUCCUCCCUGCGCCAGUUUCCACUCCCACGCAAGCCCUAGGAGAUCAAGUAGCUUGUCUGAUCCCGAACUGUGAGGUGCUCUCUGACGGGCUUGAGAAUUGGUGGCUGCACACGCAUCAUGCGCAUCGUAACGAGCUUCAGAAAAUCCACUGCUUCCGGUGCCAUCAAAAGUACAGCCAAGUGGGCAGCCUCCGUCAGCACUUGCAGCAGCACCUCCCGUGGCGGGCCUGCCUGAUCUGCAACCUUGAUUUUCUGUCGCCGGCUCGACUUGACGCACACCUGAACAAAGGCGCAAUAUCCCCAAAAACACAGGCAAACCGAGCUGCUGGCAGUAGUCAAAGCGGACUCUACAAAUGCAAGCACCCAAACUGCUCUUCGAGCCACACCAGCAACAGCCAACUGUCCCGCCACCUUGACACCCACAAGCAAGGGGGCCGCUUUCAUUGCCCAUCAUGCGCCAAGGUCUUCAAGCGCGUUGAGGCGCUCGCGCGUCACUUCAAGAAAGCGCAUCGGGGACGCUGCCCCGCCAAUCGACCCAAC